ACUCUCUCUCUCUCUCUCCUCUAAACCAACUCUUCAACUAAAUUAAGCGACACUUCUCCGCUAAAUCUCUCUCAAGCAUUUCACUCUCACUCACUUCACCACCAACACCACCAUUUUUAAAAAAAAAAAAAAAAUUAAAACAACUGAACUGCUUUCGACGAUAAAUCGAAACAAUCGUCACUCGCAUUUCUCACUCUCUCUUUCUCUCUCUGUUCCUUUCGUUUCUUCUCGAUCGAGAAGAAUCUUGUAGAUCUGAGACGUGUGGCGCCAGAUCGAACCUAGAUGGAGGAGGCGCUGGAACUCGCACGUGCCAAGGACACUAAGGAGCGGAUGGCCGGAGUGGAACGUCUCUAUCAAUAUCUCGAAGCUUCUAGAAAGAGUCUUAGUAGUGCUGAAGUGACUUCGCUUGUGGAUACUUGCUUGGAUCUCUUGAAGGAUAACAAUUUUAAGGUUUCUCAAGGCGCGCUUCAGGCUCUUGCCUCCGCUGCUGUGCUGUCUGGUGAGCAUUUCAAACUGCAUUUCAACGCUCUAGUGCCUGCUGUCGUUGAGCGAUUAGGGGACGGCAAACAACCUGUUCGUGACGCCGCUAGGCGCCUCUUGCUCACUCUUAUGGAGGUUUCUUCUCCAACAAUUAUUGUUGAAAGAGCAGGUUCUUAUGCCUGGACACAUAAAAGCUGGAGAGUUCGAGAAGAGUUUGCCCGAACUGUCACAUCAGCGAUUGGCCUUUUUGCAUCUACAGAGCUUCCUCUUCAGCGAGCUAUUCUUCCUCCAAUUUUGCAGAUGUUGAAUGAUUCAAAUCCUGGUGUUAGGGAAGCAGCUAUAUUGUGCAUUGAGGAGAUGUAUACUCAGGCUGGGCCUCAGUUCCGUGAUGAACUUCACCGCCAUCAUCUUCCUACAUCUAUGAUGAAAGACAUUAAUGCAAGGCUGGAGAAGAUUCAACCACAAGUUCGCUCUUCAGAUGGACUUACAAGUACCUUUGCUCCGGUUGAGAUGAAGCCUGCAAGCUUUAAUCCCAAGAAAAGUAGUCCAAAGGCUAAGAGUUCAUCUAGGGAGAUGUCUCUUUUUGGAGGAGAAGACAUCACGGAAAAACCGUUAGAACCAAUCAAAGUAUACUCUGAGAAGGAGCUUAUUAGGGAAUUUGAAAAAGUUUCUUCUACCCUCGUACCUGAAAAGGAUUGGUCUAUACGCAUUGCUGCAAUGCAGAGAGUUGAAGCCCUUGUUUUGGGAGGUGCUACUGACUACGCAUGUUUUCGGGGACUAUUAAAACAAAUGGUUGGCCCUUUAAGCACACAAUUGUCUGAUCGAAGGUCUAGCAUUGUAAAGCAGGCUUGCCAUCUUUUAUGCUUUUUGUCAAAGGAGCUCUUGGGGGACUUUGAAGCGUGUGCUGAAAUGUUCAUUCCAGUCCUUUUCAAGUUGGUUGUGAUUACUGUACUUGUAAUUGCAGAGUCUGCAGAUAACUGCAUAAAGACGAUGUUACGUAAUUGCAAAGUUGCUCGUGUGCUUCCUCGCAUAGCUGAUUGUGCAAAGAAUGAUCGUAAUGCAGUGCUCCGUGCAAGGUGUUGUGAAUAUGCCCUGUUGAUAUUAGAAAAUUGGCCUGAUGCUCCAGAAAUACAGCGAUCUGCUGAUCUAUACGAAGAUUUUAUUAGGUGUUGUGUUGGUGAUGCAAUGAGUGAGGUACGAUCAAUUGCAAGAAUGUGCUACAGACUUUUUGCAAAGACUUGGCCAGAGCGAUCCCGUCGCUUAUUUUCAUCCUUUGAUCCGGUCAUUCAAAGGAUAAUAAAUGAAGAGGAUGGUGGGAUGCAUAGGCGACAUGCUUCUCCUUCUCUUCGUGAUAGAGGUGGACAAAUGUCAUUUACCCCUCAUGUAUCAGCUUCUUCCAACCUUCCUGGAUACGGAACUUCUGCCAUAGUUGCAAUGGACAGAAGUUCAAGUUUAUCUUCUGGGACCUCUCUCUCGUCUGGACUUCUUUUGUCACAAACGAAGUCCCUAAAUAAAGGUUCUGAACGUAGUCUGGAAAGUGUUCUGCAUGCAAGCAAACAAAAAGUCACCGCAAUUGAAAGCAUGCUCAGAGGUUUGGAAAUAUCUGAGAAACAAAAUCCUUCAGCUCUUCGAUCAUCUAGUUUGGAUCUAGGAGUUGACCCUCCAUCAUCUCGUGAUCCACCCUUCCCUGCUUCUGUUCCAGCUUCUAAUGAUCACACAAACACUUCAUUGGAAUCAACAGCCUCUGGAAUCAAUAAAAGCAGUAACCGCAAUGGUGGCAUGAUAUUGUCUGAUAUCAUUACUCAAAUUCAAGCUUCCAAAGAUUCUGGUAAAUUAUCACAUCGCGGAAAUUUGGCAAAUGAGUCUUUGUCAUCACUUUCAUCUUACUCAGCUAGAAGGGCUUCUGAAAGGCUACAAGAAAGAGGUAUUGAAGAGAAUAAUGACAUUAGGGAGGCUAGGCGCUUUGCGAACUCACACGCUGACAGGCAGUAUUUGGAUUCUCCUCAUAAAGAUGGAAACUUUAGGGAUUCCCAACACAAUUAUGUUCCCAAUUUCCAGAGACCACUUUUGAGAAAGCAUGUAUCUGGGCGGAUGUCUGCUGGAAGGAGAAGGAGUUUUGAUGAGAGCCAGCUGUCACUUGGGGAAAUGUCAAAUUACACCGAUGGUCCAGCCUCUCUCAAUGAUGCUCUUAGUGAAGGACUGAGUUCAAGUUCUGACUGGUCUGCUAGGGUUGCUGCUUUUAAUUAUCUGCGGUCGUUGCUGCAACAAGGCCCAAAAGGUGUUCAAGAUGUAAUUCAAAGUUUUGAGAAAGUAAUGAAGUUGUUCUUCCAGCACCUGGAUGAUCCCCACCAUAAAGUUGCACAGGCAGCUCUUUCAACACUAGCAGAUAUUAUUCCUUCUUGCCGGAAGCCCUUUGAGAGUUACAUGGAAAGGAUCUUGCCCCAUGUUUUCUCACGGCUGAUUGAUCCAAAGGAGUUAGUUAGGCAACCUUGUUCUACAACCUUGGACAUUGUAAGCAAAACUUAUAGUGUAGAUUCUCUCUUGCCCGCAUUGCUCCGUUCACUGGAUGAGCAGCGGUCACCAAAGGCCAAGUUGGCUGUUAUUGAGUAUGCUAUAAGUUCCUUUAACAAGCAUGCAACAAACUCUGAAGGCGCUGGUAAUAUUGGCAUCCUAAAGUUAUGGCUUGCUAAGUUGACACCAUUGGUCCAUGACAAAAAUACUAAGCUUAAGGAAGCAGCUAUUACAUGCAUUAUAUCUGUUUACUCCCAUUAUGAUUCGAUCGCUGUGCUUAAUUUCAUUCUUAGUUUAUCAGUUGAAGAACAAAAUUCCUUGAGACGGGCCCUGAAACAGUACACACCUCGUAUUGAGGUGGAUCUAAUGAACUAUUUGCAGAGCAAGAAAGAGCGGCAGCGUCUCAAGUCCUCUUAUGACCCAUCUGAUGUUGUUGGAACCUCUUCAGAAGAAGGAUACGUUAUUGCAUCCAAAAAGAGUCAUUACUAUGGAAGGUAUUCUUCUGGUUCUGUUGACAGUGAUGGUGGCAGGAAAUGGAGUUCCGUUCAAGACUCAACCCUUAUCACAGGCAGUAUGGGUCAUGCAACUUCUGAUGAACCCAAGGAGAACUUGUAUCAGAACCUUGAGACUGGUUCUAAUGCUGAUUUUAAUUCAAAAGCUAAGGAUCUGACAAGUUCAAACACGUACCUGGAGGGUUUGUCUUCACCACGUGUGGACAUUAAUGGUUUGAUGAGCUCUGACCCCUUAGGGGUCUCUGAAGGUGUUGGACAUAAGAAUGAAAUUUCAUCUGAAAUGGACCUUAAUUUUCAUAAACCAGCGGCCAUAAAGAUCAACUCUAUUGUGGAUGCUGGACCUAGCAUUCCCCAAAUUCUUCACCUGAUUUGUAACGGGAACGAUGGAAGCCCUACUACAAGUAAGCAUGGUGCACUUCAGCAACUAAUUGAAGCUUCUAUGGCUAGUGAUCAAUCAAUUUGGAACAAGUACUUUAAUCAGAUUUUGACAGCUGUACUUGAGGUGUUGGAUGAUGCUGAUUCUACAAUUAGGGAGGUUGCUCUUUCAUUGAUAAAUGAAAUGCUCAAGAAUCAGAAAGAUGCCAUGGAAGAUUCUGUCGAGUUAGUCAUUGAGAAGCUGCUUCAUGUUACAAAAGAUGUUGUUCCCAAAGUUUCAAGUGAAGCCGAGCACUGCUUGACAAUUUUGUUAUCUCAGUAUGAUCCAUUCAGAUGUUUGAGUGUUAUUGUCCCGUUGUUGGUCACUGAAGAUGAGAAAACUCUUGUUAUUUGCAUAAACUGUUUAACAAAGCUUGUGGGUCGGCUCUCACAGGAGGAACUGAUGGCUCAGUUGCCAUCGUUUUUACCUGCUCUUUUUGAAGCUUUUGGAAACCAGAGCGCAGAUGUUCGCAAGACUGUUGUUUUCUGUUUAGUGGAUAUUUAUAUCAUGCUGGGUAAAGCAUUCUUGCCAUACUUGGAGGGACUUAACAGUACACAACUGCGGUUGGUGACCAUUUAUGCUAAUAGGAUCUCACAGGCUCGGACGGGUACCACCAAUAAUGCAAACCAAUGAUUAGGUGUUUCUUUUGGGAUGAAAUUGUGGGUCUGGGUUGUUGCUUAUUCAUUGUUGUGUAUUUGUAUAUUGUGUGAAUGUAUUUUGAGGGUUUUUUCUUGUAGUUCUAUUUUAUGGUUUAGAUAUAUAUUACUUUUGUCCCAUGUUUGAGUUUGUGUUGUUUUGAGGGAGAGUGAUUUUGGGGAAGGAAACAAAUUUCGGUAACUAUUAUGCCCGUGUUGUAAUGAACGAUUGAACAGUAUCUGUUAUAUUACUAUAUUCAAGAAAGAAAAUUGGUUU